GGCCGUUAAUGUAAUGAAUGAUGUAUCUGCAGCUCUUGCCUAUGAUGUCCUCCAUGACCCAGAAUACAGGAAACAAUGGGACAAACACAUGAUAGAAGGAAAGGAGAUCUGUAUGCUUAAUCCAAACAAUGACAUCAGUUAUUAUUCAUUGAAAUGUCCAUCACCAAUGAGGAAUAGGGAUUUUGUGACCCAAAGAACGUGGUUAGAGACUGACCGAGAAUAUAUCAUCUUCAACCAUUCAGUAUUCCAUAAGGACCUACCUCCAAGGAAAGGUUUAAUUCGAGGUGAAUCAAUACUGACAGGUUACCUGGUGAGACCAAGAGGAAAGAAUAGCUGUGAACUAUACUACGUCACACAAUCAGACCCUAAAGGAUCAGUACCUAAAUGGGCAGUGAACAAAGUGGCACAGAUCGUAGCUCCAUCGGUGAUGAAGACAUUACGUAAGGCAUGUCUAGGCUACCAGAAAUGGAAGAGCUCCCACAAUCCUAGCUUCAAACCUUGGUUAUACCCUGAGCAGGCCAUGGCGUACCUGCCCCGCCUUGACAUGAACGACAUCCUAGCCAAGCAAGAGUACCUGUCGGACGACUCCCUUGAUGAGACCGGAAUGAAGGAGGAAGACUUCAACGAUAGUAAUCUCAUGGCAGAAGACAAGGAGGUUUUAUGAGGAGAAUCUGUGGCUGUUGCCAUGGCGAUGUGAUGGAGACGUCCAUGUUGUGUCUGGAGAUAUUUCAACCAGUUUCGUACUAUGAUUUUAUUAAGCUAACUUACACAAAUUAAGUGGGGACAUACUGUACAUAGUGUUAAGCCUGAAUAUUGAUAUCUUUUUUUAUAUGGGCAAAAGGAUUAACAAUUCAGUGCUUAGAAAAAAAGAUGUAAUAAUUCAUAAGAGAAGACAGUAUGAUACCAUGUUGUACUUAGAAGUGCAUAGUCCUUGAAUAUAUUCUACAUUUAGUACAGUAAAACUUGUCAAAUCAAAGCUGUAUUUACUUAUGAAACAGCUUUGAAUUUACAAUUUUUACUUACAGUACUUCACGAAAUUAAAAAGACCAGGGCCAUAUCUCGUCCUGGGAAUAGCUCUGACUAGGCAAAGUUUAAAGUAACAUGAGAUGAACUCAGUCAAAGAUAGCUUUUGGUAGGCACCUUUUCAGGUCUAAGCCUCAUCUUUCAGUGGGAAUCCUGCCUAGUACCUUUACCUCACUUAUCCUCACAUAUCAGCAUAGAGAUAACAGUUGGAAAAAUGGGAAAGACACUAUGAAACACACUGAGGGAUUCAAAAAAUGUUGCUUUGUUCAUGUGCCUUAGUUGAUGGAAUGCAUCAUUUUCUCCUUCCCUCAUCAAUGGAUAAUGAUAGAUAUCCCUCCAUGGCUAUACUUCUUAAUACAUACAUUAAAGUUGAGAGAGACGGGAAAUAAGUUCCUGAUUGGCAGGGUUAGAAAUGCACGCUGGACUAUGCCAAAUCCUGUCUUCCAUUAAGGAAUAAUGAAUAAUUAAUCCCAAAGAGCUAAUUUUCAUGACUCCUCUUCAAUGCGGUAUGUUCUGCAGGCAAUGUAGGUAAUUACAAUUGAUUAAUAGACUAAUUACUGGUUACUUUACUUCAAAUGAAUUGUGUUCAGCUUGUGAGAAAAAAAAAAGUUUUCUGUUUAUCUCAUUCCGUAGGAACUCGGCAGGACAGCAUUUUUGCUGGUAAACGCCAAGGUGGUAUAUAACCAAUUACUGAGGAAACAUUUUACGUCUAGGUUAAUCGGUCAUAGUGGCUGACCUUCUAGACUACAGAUAUUACUCUCGGGCCUUUUUAUCAAAGUGGAGACAGUGGCAGAUUAGGGAUUCGAACUCACAACCUUGCGAUUAUGAGUCCAAUGCUCUAACCACUGGACCACACGACCCGUUUUGAUUUGUAAUCGUUUACAACUUUCCCCCAUUCUUAAAAUGUGUAUCACCAUUGUCCAAUUAUAACAAGCAUAAAAUAUGAAUAUGUAAAGUCAUUUGCAAAUAUGAAAUCAGUGUCUAAAAAUUGCUUGUUGCUGCAGCUUACAUUUGUUUCAGUGAAUAAAAUUCUGAAAACAAGUGGCAAUAAGAGAAUUUGAUGAUACACUGAAUGGCUAUCAUUUUAAGAGGGUAUUGGACAAGGAUGGGUUUCACCUUGACCUUGGCUUCAGUCAGAGAAAGUGUAUAAAUCCUAAUUUAGAACUUUGAACUCCCGACCUUGAUAUCCCAUGUAUUGGACCAAGUGAUUGUAUUACAUAACAGCCAUUAUACCAAAAUGAUGAAAAAUGUUUUCAUUGUAUGGCAUCAGUGGAGUUAGGCAAUCGUGAAAUUCAACCAUGGCCUUGUCAUGAAUAAGUGAUACAAUACUGAAUAUUAUUAAAUUUAUCCUAACUGUAAUUUAGGGAAAACCAUGUGCAGAAUGAAAAUAAGAUCAAUAUGUUAUGUUUCAGGGACCAAAUGAUUUUAGACCAAGUGUCUCCAACUUCAAUACUGAAUUACCAAUGGUGGAUUUUAUUUUUACUAGAUUAUAUUUAUAAAUUAUGUUUGAUAAAGAUUUCAUGCCUUAUGUCUAAUUUAGCAGGAAUAUUGCGGAAAAAGUCCAAUAAUCAAUGGGCCUAAUUUCACAGUCGUUGGUAUUUUUAAGAUAUAAAUUAAUCCACUGUUUAUGACGGCAAAUUGAUUUACUGAGAAAAAAAAAUGGAUCAUAGCAAUAAUUAUGUAUUUGGCACACUGCAAAAAGCUUGCAUUCAAUAUCGGACCUUUUCUUUCUACAUUUAUGUAAGCUUAAAGAAUAAAGUGUAACUUAAGCAUGAAAUUUGUAUAAACCAUUAUUAAAACUAUAGAUUAAAACCAGGGAUUCAAAACCACCUUUGUGAAUUUGGGCCUGGCAUUUUAUGCGGGAAUCUAGUAUCGACCAGACAGGUUCAUUUUGAAUUCAAUGUGAGUUUAAAUGCCCUUAAAAUUCAUAUUUAAUAUUCUCAUCAGCUUAACCAAUCUUUAUCUUAUUAUCUCUAGGGUGUCACAGCAUUAAAUGCCCAAGGCUGCUCAUGUUAUAUUCAAAUCAUGCAAUCAACAUUCAGCAAUAAAACAUUGUCAUUUUGAUUCCAUUCCAGUAUUCUUAAUGUCAGCCCUAAUCUCCUGUAAGCUUCCACCAAACUUAACUUGUACUUUCAACCAAGAACAAAGUUAUAUUUUUUAAAUCCCCAUUGAUUAUGUACAAGUAGACCUAGCAGUAUUAGUAGUACAAUACUGUACAAUACAUUGGGUUAAAAGACAAUAUUCUAUUAUUAGUCACAUUCUUACAAGGCCAUAUUCUAGUAUGAUUUAUAUUUCCUGACAUUUAAAGAAAACUUAAUGUAACUAAGUUGGUGUGAUAUUAUAAUGUUAUAUUAGGUUCCUGAUCAAAUACAGUAUUGUUUUAUUCUGUUUACAGUAGCAUAAGAUUGAAGCAAACCAAUGCAAUCAUUGUGGUUUAAAAAUAAAUUACUGUGCAAUGUAACAUGCUUUAUUUCAAAUCAUGAUUUAUUUGCAGUUUAUGCAAUUUCAGACCAAACAACUUCAACUAAAAGUUUAAAAGAAAAUCAUUCCUUUUCCAAGAAGAUAAAUCCUGUACAAGGUUGUGAGUCAUUUGUAUACUGUGUGGUAUAUUUUUCAUGAAACAAUUUAAGACUUUAAACAAAUUAUAUAAUCUCAUCAGGCCUCGUAAUACUAUGUUUAUUCCAUUUUCUAUUGUGUAACUAACUGAAUUCAAAGUAUACUGUUUUAGAUAUCAAUGAAAUACACAACUUUAAUAUGUAUUCAUUCCAUUUGCUACUUACGAGUAUGUAACAACAAAAACAUAAUUUUGAUGUUAUGAUGUUUUAAACAUUAAGUUUAACCAAUUUUUUAUAUUCUUAUUCUUUUUUAUUAUAAUAUCAAUUCUUUUCAAAACCUUCCAGAUUUCAUUCUGUUUCCUCUUUCUCUCUCUUUCCUGGAAGAAGAGUUUAUGGUAAACUUCAAUGAGAUACAUUCCAAUCCAAGCGAUGCAGUCUGGCUGCAGGUUUUUAGUGCAUCCGAUGUUCCUAGUUGCUACCGGCUGCAGCUCUCGUAAAGAAUUUGUUUUAUCCCCAGAUGCUGUACAAAUACUUGAAUGAAGUCCAUGAAAUUUAAUAUGGAUGGACAUCUGAUACAGCAUCCCCCCCCCCCCCCGCCCCUCAACUCAUCAUCCAUUCCUUUAAUUCCUUUUAUCCUCCAAAUUAGAAUGUGAGGGCCAACUGAUAUAUCUCCUCAGAAUCAAGUCUUCCUCUAAAGGAUUAAUUGUAGAGAUGUUACAUGUUACAAUUAGUAUUUGUACUUACAUGCUGCUGCUAUGUUUGGCAACCUAUGUCUUAGAGUAGCCCAGAUUUUCUUUAAUAUGAAUGCUCGAUCUAUUAAGACUAGGCUUCAUUGACAAAUUGAAGUUACAGAUGCAUUUAUAUACUGGGUAGCCUCGGUGUACAAAAGAGCCAACUACUAGUAGAUGUCUAAGACCAGCUUGCAAAUCUUCCCCAGUCUGUGACCUUUUUUCACACAUAUUGACCAAUGAUUAAAACAAACAAUGUCAUCAAUAGUCUGCUAUAGUUGUACAUGUAUUUCAUUCUCAGUGAUUGUAGUAAGUAACUUUGUACAAAUCUUCAAAUAAACUUCAAUAAAUUGAUUUUAUUUUCUGCUACAAGGAGGUAAUCAUCACAUCAGUCAGUUGCGAAUUUGCAAUCAAUUGUAAGAUUUAUGAUUUGCUUGCAAAUGAUAGAAAGUUAAAUGCAAUGCCUUAUUGAUCUUUGUUAAAUAGCCCUGAGAAUGAUAUAAUGUAAAUAUUAACAUGAUUAUACUUUCUAACUCAAACUCUAUUUUAUUUUUGUUGUACAUGUAUUAAUUUUGUCAGUUUUAUACUUGUCUUUUAUUUCAUGUUGAUAUCUUUGCUUGAUUUGUAAUGAUACCAAAGGCCACCACUAAUCUUACAAGUAGUCUAUGAUCCUAGUUGGGAACAAAUUGCAUUUUUAUAUUUUAUGAAAAUACAAAAAGAGAAAAAUUUCUUACAUGAGGUUUAGAAUAACAAUAAGAAUACAGAUAUUGAAAUUUGGGGUUAUUUCAACCUUUAGUGUAAAACAUAGUUUAAAUUGUUUUCAGAUUGUAGCUGGUUGACGAUUACUGUGGCAUCAUUAUAAUUUAGAAAUUGAAUUUGCCUUUCAUGAUGAGGACUGCAAUAGUCGUGAAUUUGAAGUUCAGUAUUCGUAUAAUACUUUGGACAGAAAGAUUUUUUAUGUUCCAAUGUUUACAUCAAUAUAACAUUCCCAUAAUUAUUUGGUAGAAAACCAAUUGUAAGGUGUGUGGUGGCUUUAAUUUGUACAUAUUAUAUUUGAAUAUUGUAAUUUGCUUCUACACAUCAUUAUUUAACAUACAACUGUCAAACUCUCAUUGCACAAUACUGAAUCAAUGCAAUGACUGUUAUUUUGUUUUUAGUGAUUC